UGUGCGUGUUUUAUUCGUUCCCAUCGCUCGGAGGCGGAGAAGGAGAACAGAAGGCCGGCGGCGACGAUGGGCAGCGGCGAGGGCAAGUCGAGGAAGCGCCGUUCCUCCGCCUCCUCAGGGGAGGAAGAGGAGAGGGAGCGGAAGAAGAGGCGGGACAAGAAGGAGAGCAGGAGGAGCAGCCGAGGCAGCGACGAGGACGAGGAGAGGAGGAGGAGGAGGAAGAAGCACGGCGACAGGGGCAAAGACAAAGAGAGGGAUUCCAAGGAGAAGCGUUCCAAGGAGAAGGAGAAGAGCAAGCGAAAAGACAAGGAUCCUGAUUUCAAAGAAAUAUCCAAAGAUGACUACUUUGCAAAGAGCAAUGAGUUCGCCAAAUGGUUGAAGGAAGAAAAGGGCAAAUAUUUCUCUGAUCUUUCUUCAGAGUCUGCUCGCGAUAUCUUCCUCAAGUUUGUGAAGCAAUGGAACAAGGGAAAGUUGCCAUCACAAUACUACGAGGGCAUUACAACUGGGCCACGAUCAGCGCACAAAUGGAACAUCAAGGCGUGAGAAAAGAAUCUUCCUCCUCGUGGCCUGUAGGCUGGGUGCCUUGUUUUGUGCAGUUUCUUGAUGAAGCUCCAAUGCCAAAUACCAGCUGCACUUUCUUUUUCAUCUUUUAGGAUUCUGAUCUAAACCUGUAUGAAUAGUAGUUUGGUAUUGAUUUUAAUUUUGUUUUAGACGUGUCCUGAUAUCCA